AUGGCAGCCACUGGCUCUUACUUCUCAAUAAUUGCUCUCAUCAUCCUCAUUCAGCUCGCAACGAACCUGAAUUCAUGUUCAGCUGCGACACCGAUCCGUCACAGUGGAAGGAACACUCGGUUUAUUAGAACCUCUUGCCGUACUACCCUUCAACCUAGCCUGUGUUUCGUUACCUUCUCUCGAUAUGCGACCAGAAUCCGAGGUAGCCCUAGGUUGUUAGCCACCACAGCCCUCUCCUUGGCAUUCAACACCACUCGUUUCGCUACGAAAUCAAUGAUAACCCUCUCCAAACGCCACGGGUUGAAGCGCAGAGAGGCGGCGGCGUUGCGUGUUUGUGUGGAAGAACUAGGGGACUCUAUCGAUGAGCUGAAAGACUCAAUCGGGAAACUAAGUCGGCAUGGAGCUGGAGGCAGCACUUUCCGACGUCAAAUGAGUGAUAUACAGACAUGGGUGAGUGCAGCUUUGACUGAUGAUGAUACCUGCAUGGAUGGCUUGUCUGGGAAAACCAUUAACCGUAAAUUCAGAAGUAGAGUGAGAAGACGAGUAGUGAAGGUUGCUUAUUUGACGAGCAUUUCUUUGGCUUUCGUCAACCGCUAUGCUGCCACUCAUAAAUGA